CAAGGCCGCCUCGCCCGUCUCUUUGUUCUCUUCCAACUUUCCACCCCCACCUGGAGGCCGGCACUCUGGGGUAAAGACUUCGGUCCUUUGGUCCAACGAGGUAGCCGCUACGAAGCGCGAUUGCAACAGUCGUCGGGUCUUGAACCGCAUCGCGCUACCAAUACUGAACCUCGACUAUUCCCGUUGCGGCUUCUUGUUCCUGUCAUUCGGUCGAUACCGAUACUCUAUGCCUCUCCCUCUUUGUUCUCUUAUUUGACAUCAACAGUCGAGACCUGCAUCCACGAUCAUGGCCAAUCCCCACUGCAUCGUGGUCUAGGCAAGCCCGACACGAACGGAAGGGAUUGGCAAAUGGCGAGUGCUCGAUUGUUGCAACAGAUCAAGCUCGUUCGAGUACGGCCGGUGCUGCAGCUCUGCAUCUGCAUCUGCAUCGCAUCGUGGUCGACUUUGGCCUCGGGCUGCGGAUAUCUCGAUGAUCCUUCCAGCCAACCAAACUUAAAAACCUCAUCCCACACCUCAUGCAUCCGUACCUGA